GCUCGGGGAAGCGGCGGCAGACCCUCCAGCUGCGGUCGGCUCCGUUCAGGAUCCGGAACUUCAAGGACUGACCCGGACCCCGGCGGUUCCGAUCCGGAUCGAGGCCGGACCGCGGCCCGGUUUUACUGUCGGAGCGACAGCGGCGGGUCGGGUCGGCUUCCGUCACCCGAGCGACAGACGGCGGGAUCGGGGUUCUGACCGGGCCGGGAUGUCCGGACGGGUCCGGAGGAGGACCUGAACAUGGCCGCCUGCGGACCGUAGAGCAGCCGGGAGAACCAGUCCGACCACAGUUCCCAGCAGACGUUCCGGACGAGCCCGUUGCCAUGGUGAACACGGGGAUGCAGCUGAUCAGUUUCACCUGCGCGGUGACGGGUUGGAUCAUGGCCAUCGCCGUGACGGCGCUGCCGCAGUGGAAGGUGUCGGCGUUCAUCGGGAACAACAUCCUGACGUCGGAGAUGAAGUGGGAGGGAAUCUGGAUGAACUGCGUGUACCAGACCACCGGACACAUGCAGUGCAAGACCUACGACUCCAUGCUGGCGCUGCCGCCCGACAUCCAGGCGGCGCGCGCCCUCAUGUGCCUCGCCAUCUUCAUGGGCUGGCUGUCCUGCACCGUGUCCUGCUGCGGCAUGAAGUGCACCACCUGCGCCGGCGACGACCGCCGCGCUAAGGCCGGCAUCGCGCUGGCCGGCGGCGUCCUCUUCAUCCUGACGGGGCUGUGCGUCCUCAUCCCCGUCUCCUGGACCGCCAACACCGUGGUGCAGGACUUCUACAACCCCAACGUUCCCAUCAUGCACAAGCGGGAGCUGGGCCAGGCCAUCUACCUGGGCUGGGCCGCCGCCGUCAUCCUGAUGAUCAGCGGCGCCGUCCUGAGCAGCACCUGUCCGCUGAUGGAGCGCGGCGGCCGCUACCGCCGAGGAUACAUCGGCAGGAGCUUCGCCAACUCGCCGGCGCCGGAACCGCCGAAGCCCAUCGCCUCCAACAGCCUUCCGAUGAAGGAGUACGUGUAGCAGGAGGAGGAAGAGGAGGAGGAAGAAGAGGAGGAGGAAGAAGAGGAAGAAGAGGAGGAAGAGGAGGAGGAGGAAGAAGAGGAAGAAGAGGAGGAAGAGGAAGAGGAGGAAGAGGAGGACAUCUUCCUCACGCUGUUUUUUGGUUCUUGGAUUAAAACUGAACCAGCUUCCAGCUCCGUUUGUCACAACAACAAAUUAUACAAUAAAUUAUCCCAGAAAAUGUUGCGACAAACGAUAAAUCGUUUGAUAAAUUAAAAUGAUUUUUAUCUGUUUGCUUUUUCUCUUUCUACCUGAAACUGGAUGAUAAAAUUCUUCAGUUUGGUGUUUUUUUAAUAAUUGAUUUGAUUUUUUUGUGAAAAUUUAAAGCGUCUUCCAGAUCCAGUGUUGAAUGUUUGUUGGAAUUUAAAGUUUAUUUAUCGCUCAGAUUGUUCUUUCAUUAUAAUGCCGUA